AUGGCUGCUUCGCAUGACAGCAUGCAUGCUCCGCCAACGCUGCCGUUUAACAGCACUAGUCACCGUAGGAUGAUGAUGCCCAUAACCUUCUUCUGGGGCGACAACACCGAGGUUCUCUUCUCGGGUUGGCCCGGUCGGGAUGAUCCUGUGAUGUACGUCAUGUCAUUGGCAUUUGUGUUUGUUCUGGCCGUGCUUGCUGAGUGGCUCUCCCACUGCAGUUUUCUCAAGUCUAGCGCAAACAACUUCGAGGGUGGGGAUGUGGCGGACUUGUUUGUAUAUUGGGCGGUCUGGGAUGUCGUAUUUGCCUUUGCCAUGGAAGCUUUGUCCGUCUGGCCGACUAUCAAGCCCAGCAGGAGUUCGGUAGUCGCAGGCCUGGCUCAGGCUUUUCUUUACGUCAUUCGCAUCAGCUUGGGUUACUUUGUGAUGCUUGCCGUUAUGUCCUACAACAUUGGAGUCUUCAUAGCAGCCGUGGCUGGCCACACGGUUGGGUUCUUUGUUGUCAAGGCUAGUGCUCUUUCCAUUACCAAGCCUCCGGGGCCCGAACCUUCAUUUUGA